AUGUCCGAGCGAGUUGCGGUGGUGACCGGAGCCAACCAGGGGGUCGGCCUGGCCAUCGUGAGGUCCCUGUGCAGGCAGUUCCAGGGCGAUGUGUACCUGACAACCCAGGACCAGGCCAUGGGCCAGCAGGCGGUGGAAGAUCUGCAGAGGGAAGGGCUGCAGCCCUUGUUCCAUCAGCUGGACAUCACCGAUCGCAGCAGUAUACGGAUUCUGCGGAGCACCAUGCUGCAGGAAUGGGGCAUCGAUGUGCUGGUGAACAAUGCGGGCAUUGCUUUCAAAGUGGCUGACACUACCCCUUUCGAGGUCCAGGCAGAAGUCACCAUUGCAACCAAUUUCUUCGCCACCCGGGACGUCUGCUCCGAACUGCUCCCGACCAUCAAACGCAGAGGGCGAGUGGUGAACAUGUCCAGUGUAAUAAGCGUGAGCGUUCUGCAGAAAUGCGGAAGCGAGCUCCAGAGCAGGUUCCGGAGCGAGACCCUCACGGAGAACGAGCUGGUGGAGCUGAUGACGAAAUUUGUGGAGGACACGAAGAAGGGGAUACACAGCGAGCAAGGCUGGCCGUCCACUGCUUAUGGGAUAUCGAAGAUCGGGAUCACUGUCCUGUCCAAAAUCCACGCCCGGAUUCUGAGCAGGGACAGGCCAGCGGACGGCAUCCUCUUGAACGCUUGCUGUCCUGGUUGGGUUCGGCCCCAGUCAACGGGUCAGAAAGCCGCCCGCAGCCUGGAUGAAGGGGCUGAGACCCCCGUCUAUCUCGCCCUUCUACCCCCAGAUGUUACCGAGCCCCACGGACAACUUGUUUCUGCCAAAAAGGUUCAAAUGUGGUAA